UCUUAUCGUCUUUACUGCGGAGGUAGAAAAGUUGCUGUCACGUGAUCAUUUGUUAGGCAUAAAAAAUGGCAGAUCAGCAUCAUCACAUCGGUGCAAAAACCGUCCCAGAAUUACGCAUUUUUUUGAGAGAAAGGGGAAUCAGUUGUAAUGAAUAUAGAAAGUUCACGUUAGUCAGGUUGGCUCAAGUCGCACUAGAACUUCAGUUACCGAUCAUUGUCGCGAAAGACGACUACAAAGUCAUGAACUUGAAACGGCGCACCAUACGGAGUCUUGAUGGAGAAGAAAUUGUCGCCCCAGAUAUAACGACUAUUAUAAGUCGCUUUACAAAGAAUCUUAAAGAACUUCCUUGUCUGGAAAUAUGCGAUGUGUUGAUAUAUUUGCUGCGAUCUUCUGCCUGGUCAGAUAACAGAUUAAAGAAUUACAGACAAGACAACGGCUAUAAACUGUACAAAGAUGGACACAUUAGUAAUGUGCAGAUGUACAACAUUCCAAACUCAGAUUAUAAUUACGUUUCGGCCACAUGUGUUAGGGAAACAACUUUAAGCGAGAAACCGUAUAUUACAUGGAUAUUACAGAAAAAGGAUGGCCAAGUAAUUUCUGCUGGAUGUGCUUGUGUUGCGGAUGAUGGAACGUGUAAACACUGCACAGCUUUACUGUUUUCCUUUGCUGAUUUUUGCACUCGCCAUAUGGACAGGAACACACAAGUAGGAACAGAUCGCCCGUGCAUAUGGGACAUACCUAGAAAAGUGUCAGUUCCCACAAAAAUUGAUGACCUUGAUGUUAGAUACAAUAAAAAUAAUCCGUGCAUUGCACCUACUUCUGCAGCUUUCCACUCUUCUAAAGUUCAUGAACAAUCCUUGCGAGAUGUAGAAUGUCAUUUGUAUAGAUUGUGUAAAGGAUCAGAUUCUUUACUGCUUCAUGUUCUUGAGCCUCCCUCAGAUGACAGUGAUGAAGAAAUAAAGGAUGAGCAGCCACCAAAUAUGACAAACUAUAUGAGUGAAUUUAUAAGAGAGAAAGUUAAUACAGAUUUUCUUACCUUUUUGAAAAGCAAAUGCGAUAUAAAUUUAAUUAGUAAAAUUGAAGUAUUAACAAAAGGUCAAGGAAAUUGUACUGAGUAAUUCAAAUAUCGUGAAGGCAGAAUCACUGCCUCUCUUGCAUUUUCUGUGUGUCACUUUAGAGAUUCAAACAAAGAAGAUAAUUAUAUUGUAAAAAAAAUCAUGAACUCCAGCUCUGUGCCCCUUUCAACUCCUGCAAUUAAAUAUGGAAAAGAGCAUGAAGCAAUCGCUCGACUUCUAUACCAGGAAAAUUAUAAAAAAGAGCACAUAAAAGCCCAUAUUGUUGAAAGUGGAUUACAUGUGUCCAAGCAAUAUCCAUACAUGGGUGCCUCGCCAGAUGGACUUGUGCAAUGCAAAUGCUGCGGGAAUGGACUUCUAGAGAUUAAGUGCACAUAUACACACAAAGACUUAUCUCCAGAUGAAGUUGCUACAAGGGACAAAAAUUAUUUUGUUUAUAUGGACGACAACAAC